GUUGAUUUAUAGUGAAGAAAAAAUAAUAAACACCCACCUUCAGAUUUUCUCAUUCCUUUCUCUCUGUCUCUCUCAUUUCAUUUCCAUUAUGAGCUCCAAUCUUUGCAAAGCUCUUCAAAUGCUUUCUCAUUCCUAAAAUGUCGACCGUAGAGAAUCCCAGUACCGAUAUUGAAACCCGCCGUCGCAGGCGUCACCGUCGCCGCCGUAAGCGGCGGACUUCAGUCGCCGGAAUCACCGAAACCGGCACCGACGACGGGAGUCUCUGCUUCUCCGACACCGAAUCCGACGACCAGUCGUGGCGCUCGACUGUCGCCGGAGGCUCGUUCUCGGAGAUCGAGUGCGUUUCGGACCCUCACAGUCACAGGGAGUCUUCUGGGUCGGAUUGUUUGUCGCGUGAAGUGGAUUUGGAGAGUGGGGAUUUGGAGUUGAAAGUGCAUUUAGCUAAAGAACAAAGAGAUUGUAGAAUUUGUCAUCUGAAUUUGGUGGGUGGUGGUGGUGGUGGAGAUCGAGAAUCUCAGGUCGCGAUUGAACUGGGUUGUUCUUGUAAAGGCGAUUUGGCUGCUGCUCACAAGCAUUGUGCCGAGACUUGGUUCAAAAUCAGGGGUAACACAACCUGCGAGAUCUGUGGAGCCACAGCACUCAAUGUCGUUGGAGAGCAGCCAAACGAGGGAAAUGGUGCUACUGCAAGUGCCAGUGCAGCACCGGCAGGUCCUUUGAUCCUAUCUGAGACCCGAAAUUUCUGGCAUGGGCGUCGAGUCAUGAAUGUCCUCCUUGCUUGUAUGGUCUUUGCCUUUGUUAUUUCUUGGCUCUUUCACUUCAAUGUACUAGCCUGAAACCCAUAGAAGUGCCCCACAUUUUUUCUCGAUGUGGAGGGGGUAUCUGUAUCUUAUGUUGUCUUAAAUAUAGAACUAUGUCUGAGCCAUUGUAGCGCUUUAUUUAUAUGUUGUAUUGAUCAUAGAAGUAUCUCUGGGACAUUCUAGUACAUGAAAUGUAGCAUAAUUGGUGCCUUUAAUGUGAGAAUGGGAUUGGAUUUGUUAUGCUUCUUGUAGCUGGGUGUGGAAAGGUUUCUUCUUUGUAGAAGAUCUCCAAAAUGGUAAUUUAAGUGACUUGCUUUGUGGUCCAGACAUUCAAUUAUUCAA